AUCAAAUCUUACAGUCCUUCAAGGCUGAUGAGAUGGACCGACUUGGAUUGAUAUUUGUAUCCCACAUCUAUCCCCAGGAUGAGAUUUUGAAAGCCUUCUACCAUCGCAUUGGAAAACUCUUAUUGCCCUAUAUGAAAUGUAUGUGGUGAUACAUUGAUGACAGGUGUCCCAGUCUUCCGGAAUCAGUCCAUGGUACCUUUGUGAAAGCCACUCUAGCGGCUUGUAGAUUGCUCCCUAAAUCUCAUGCUCUCAGCUUAAUUUCAACUUUGAGACUACAGGAUUGUCAUCUGCCGAAUCACCUACGGAUGGCCAUAGCAUUCCAGAAGAGUGUCUGUUUGAGGUCUAUUGAUGACCACGAUGGAUCCGACAUUGUGAUACAGGACAUAUUAGAAGAAAUUCCUAAGGGCUCGGCGGACAUAAGGGUUCAUUGUGGCUAUGGUUGUUUACAAUUGUCGUGGGCAGAAAACGCGAUUUUGUGUGAGGAGUUUGGUAUAGGCAAGCAGUGUCUUGGGAGUUGGGAGCCCAGGUUAGAGUCAUCAUCAGCACUGUCAUCAGGGUUGGAGCUUAGAGUGGUUCGAUUGAAAACCACGGCCCUCAGCAGGUUAUUAAGAUACGAAGGGCAGUUCGAAGAUGCAUGUGAUCCUCUUAAACAGUGUCUUGAAAUGACACAGCGAGGCGCUAGCUGUUAUCAUAUAAUGCACCACCUGGCGGAUGUGUAUUGUGAGCUAAGAGAUCCGGAGAGUGCUGAAAAGUUGGUAUGAGCAGAAGUCCAACAGUUGGAGGCCGAUGGCGAGCAACAUUCCAGAGCUUUUUGAUGUCUUGCUCUCCCUUUGGCGGAAGCCUAUACCAUGCAAAGUAGGCAUGAUGAGGCCUGGUCUCUUCUUUCUCCGCUGAUCGAGUUUUAUGAGAAGAUGGACAGCCUUGAUGUAUCCAAUGAAGUGGGUCACAUGCGCUCAGUGAUCAGCCUCACCCAUUUUUUUGAAGGCAAAGAGUGCUGGAUGGAUGCUGAAAAGACUCUGGAAACCGCGAGGCAUCUCAUUGAAAAGUACAGCAACACCUUUCUACCGGAUGGCUUCUAUUCAGCCGUCAUUUACCUCCUCUCCUCCAAGAUAAAUUUUUCGCUGAGGAAUCAACUUGAGGGGUGGAAGUUCUUGAACUUAGCAAGAGAGAUCCGCUUGAGGCGGAAGGAACAACAUUUCAUACCUGGACUUGGAACAUAUUUCUUGAGCCAUCUAGAUAAUUGGGCAAAUCGGCAAUCUGCAAUGCAUGCACUGAGUAUCGGCGCCUCUUCCGCUCCUACAGCUAAAGCCAUCCGCUGCUUAAAUAGCAGGCGGUCCCGCGCGAAGCGCAGCUUAAAUGAGAUGCAGGGUUCAGAUGAUAUGGUAGCAUGGUUGGCCCUUCUGGGGCACUCGGAUCUUUUCGCAAUUCAUUUCUUCAAGGUCUGGGAUAUGCUACUCUAUCAAGCGACACCCAGUCUAGACAUUCCUCAUUACCUUCAGCUUCUAGCGCUUCUCUCUUUUCAUGUCUUCAUUCAGGAGAGGGUUGAUGUGGCAAUCUAUGAAACUCAUCUUGGUGGUGAAUUUGAUGCAACCAAUAUUAUCACCGUGCCGAUUGUUACAGUGAUCACCUCAAUCUCAAUGGACCAUGUUAGAUUACUUGGGCCAACCAUUAAAGAUAUUGCUUGGCAUAAGGAAGGAAUAUUCAAAUCUGGAAGUCUGGCCUUUUCUAGCACUCAGGAACCAGCAGUUGCAACAGUCCUUCAACAGAGAGCAACUGAAAAACAAGUCAUGGUAAAGUUUGUUGAUUUUGACAGCAUGCUUUCAACUGAUGUAGCGGCUCUCCAGCCUAAAGCAUAA